AUGGUUUUACUUAGGUUCACUACCGUCGCUACUAUUAUCAGCUUUCACUUGUCAAAUCCAGUAUCUGCGACACCUAUUAGAGAAGAUGUUACUACACACGCCUCCGUGCACGACAUUAUUCCAAGGGAAUACAUCGAGCAGGUUUUUAAUUACCAUCGAAACCUAGCGGAAGCUGAAUCCCACGCUUCGUGGCGGAGAAAUAAAAGAACUCUGUCAAUACUACAAAAGCGAAUUGUCCCUCGGACCUGUCCUCGAGGUUCCACUUGGAUAUUUCGAGAUUGUAUGCCAGAUGAAAACGAGCGAGCAUGGCAAGAUACGUGCCGAGACAACGUCAGUCUUGAGCUUUUCGACGUAGACGGAUUGUGCCCUGAAGAAACUGUCUGUGAUGAUUAUCGGCCGUAUCUUGGUAGAACCGAUGAACAUGGUAACCCAGAGCCGGAACAUGACAUUAUCUGCCGGCCAAAGGUCGCACCAAGUCAAGACACCAUCACCACCGACCCAGGCACAUCGCGAAAGAGUCAAUAUGGGUACAGAUUUAUCGAGUUAGCCAACAUGAAAUCCACGGAUAUUGCUGUACCCGUAUAUGUAGAAGUCGAAAAUGCGUCUGUAGCUGCUGAGUUUCUCGGCCCAGGAAAACAAGGGGUGUUGUAUCCUUCUCAAACUCUGACAGCCAACCUUCGCGGCCAUAAACUUAAUCUCUGCCGCCAGUUCCAGAAUAAUCCAAUCAAGGCUCACAAUACUCGUUCAUGCAUCCCGACCGACCAGACGAACCACCUCUACAAGGGUCAAACGAUUGACUUUACAUUUGCAAUUCGGGUGGUUAGUACUGCUUAUUUCUUCUAUAGCAUUAGCGCAGGAUCUCACAAGUAG